CGAUUUUUAUACCUAAAACUUGGAUAUGAUGUAUAUUUCAAAAUGGAGCUUACCAACAAAACAAAGAAGAUUGCUUAACGUUUUCAGUGUCAUACCCAGGAAUUAACUGGGAUGUCAGGGUGCUUUAUUGUACGCAAAGAAGUACCGUUGUUUCCUUUUCCUUUUUUAAUGCUCACUCAUUAAUUUCAUUUCCCGAAUACCCUUAGCUAGGCCUACAUCACUGCCUCGAUUAGCGUUUCUCUCCUAAACCGUUUAUAAUGUUGACAAGAGACAUAGUUUUAUGGUUGGCGGCCGGGAUACAAUAUUGACAAUAGGAAUUAUGAUAAUUUCCCUAAAAAAAAAAAAAACAAACAGAAAAAAACCACACAUUGUUCAGAAGCAAGCUACUGUAGAAUCAAUGCAUAAUAAUACACGACUUUCAAUAUUCAUGUUGCCAGGACCAACUCUCACUGUGGUCUUGUUUAGGCCUACUCGGAACAUGAAUUGUAAGCGUGUCAUAGGCCUACAUUAUGAAAUUGUACUUAUUUUUCUGCAAAGAACAAAGAGGAUGCGGUGGUGCCAUGCACUGGGAAAUGGCCUUGUUCGUUUCCCGAAACCUUCCCACUAGGGGAAGGAAAUAAACAUGAGCGUUAUUUACUGACAGCGCCUGUACUCUGUGAUUGAGAGACGGCUAAUCCCGAGAUGGGCGAAGAACAAUUAUUACACCUGGAUUUUAGCGAUAUGUCAGCCUGCCCCUGCGUGCCUUCUGCAAAUACCUUUUGUGUGACAUUGACCACAUUCAUCGUCGUAUAUGCAUGUGAAGAGAAAUUAGGGAAUAUUCAUUAGGCUUAUCUCAAUAGCAUUAAGGGAUUAUUAUUUUUUUAAAUUCUAUGUUAUGUUUUUACCUAAAUGGGAUUACGUAAUACUUCAUUGGUUUCUCAUUAUGAUGACGAUUGCAUUAUUGAAAAAUAAAUUAUCCCCAUUCCUCGGCAAAUGCGCAAAUGGGAGUUGGUCUAAUUUUCUACCUUGCUAGUUUAAAAGAAAAGGACGUCAGUUAAGUUUUGUCUGUUUUAAUGGGAGAUUUAAAGGCUCCCCUGUCCCGAAGAGAUAACAUGUUCACACCUAGUGUUUGUACCCACAAUCCCCCCUCCCCCUUCCCGCCCGUGGAUGCGCAAAGUACCUGCAACAAUUACCCUCCGUGCCCCAUGGUGGGGGUCCUUAUUCAGAUGCUAAGCCUUGCGACUACAAGAUUUUAAUUAGUGACGUGGCAAAUCCUUUCGUUCGCUUAAAAAAUCUCGAUACGCGGAAAGUUUGUGAUCUAUAAGUGUUGGAACCGCUGAUGGUGCGCCAAGUACGUUUCAGAGCACCGGUCUCUGGUGCUCGAUUGCAGUUCUUUCGUUUUUCAGCAUGCCUUCCUCGAGCUCUACUACUGUCCUUAAAGUGAUGGACAAAAAGACGCUAUUCACUAUCGAAAGCAUCCUUGGACUAGAAAAAACCGGACAGCAUCCAAUAACAUCGCAAAAACCACAUCGGCCUUGGGCGGAUUCAGGAACAGCGCAACUUCAAGUUCACGCAGUUGGCAACAUCUCACACGAAUCAUCAGAGGCGAAGGUCAAAGAAGAAAGUCCCGCGUGUUCUUCCUACCGAAGAACACUGAACUGGUACAUUGGUCGCAGGCCCCGGACGGCUUUCACAGGAACGCAGAUUGAGCUUCUGGAAAGUGUAUUCCAGGUGAACUCCUACCCAGGUAUAGAUGUAAGGGAGGAGCUGGCACAAAGACUGGACUUGGACGAAGACAGGAUACAGAUUUGGUUUCAGAACCGUCGGGCGAAGCUGAAGCGGUCACACAGAGAGUCACAGUUUCUCAUGGUGAAAAAAGCCUUCACCGAUCUCCAGGGCUCAUCAGAAUAGUAAAUACAGCAGGGUAUCUGUAUAGUCUGUCUCUCCCUCUCUCUCUCUCUGUUGCUAUAAUAUGUUUUCUCAUCUGAGCAUGGUGUGAUGAACUGGAUUGUAUGAAAAAAAAUAAAUGAGCUUUUAAAUCUCAAAAAAUAA